CCAGCAGUGCUCUGUGCAGGUUACUUUAUGGAAUGGGUCUAUAGAAAACAAGAAAGAAUUGAAGCUUUAAAGAAAAACAAAUCAUGUGGUCUUCAGAUUCAGUAAUGAGGAGAAAUGCAGCCAUCUGAAAUGGUCAUGAACCCCAAACAAGUCUUCCUGUCUCUGCUGAUAUUUGGAGUGGCAGGGCUGCUCCUCUUCAUGUAUUUGCAAGUCUGGAUUGAAGAGCAACAUACAGGGAGAAUGGAGAAGAAAAGAGAACAAAAACCAACUUCAGGAUGGGGGCCAGUAAUUGACUUGCAGCCUGCACUCAGAACCAUGACUACAGAAAAAAUCCAGGAACAUAUUAUCCACCAGAAUGCCAAGUUUCACAUGCCUGAGGUUCUGAAGGAAAAAAAGGAAAAUAUCCUCGACUCUGACAGACCUACUAGGGACUUAACAAAGAUCAGCCUUUCACAAGCAGGGGAUCAAGCUUUGAGUAAGAUCACAGGGUCGUUGACAAGUAAGCUGGUUGAACAAUAUCAAGGAACUAAGAUUCUUUCUAUGAAGUCCAGCGAAAUGGAUUGGCCACUGGACAUUCGGCCUUUAAACAAAAGUUUAGUCCAAGACAACAAAUGGAGAAACACCGAUGAAACCCAAGAGAAACGUAGGUCCUUCCUUCAGGAGUUUUGCAGGAAAUAUGGGGCAGUGAGCCAUCGUCAGUCACACCUUUUUCAUGUGGUGUCCAGGAUCUAUGUAGAAGAUAAACACAAAAUCUUAUACUGUGAAGUGCCGAAGGCUGGGUGUUCCAACUGGAAAAGGAUUCUGAUGGUACUAAAUGGGCUGGCUUCCUCUGCAUACAACAUCUCCCACGAUACUGUCCACUAUGGAAAGCAUUUGAAAAAGCUAGAUAGCUUUGACUUAAAAGGAAUAUAUACUCGCUUAAAUACCUACACAAAAGCUGUAUUUGUUCGUGAUCCCAUGGAAAGAUUAGUGUCAGCCUUUCGGGAUAAAUUUGAGCACCCCAAUAGCUAUUACCACCCAGUAUUUGGAAAAGCAAUUAUAAAGAAAUAUCGACCAAAUGCCUGUGAAGAAGCAUUAAAUAAUGGAUCUGGAGUCAAAUUCAAAGAGUUCAUCCACUAUUUGCUGGAUUCUCACCGUCCCGUUGGAAUGGAUAUUCACUGGGAAAAGGUCAGCAAACUCUGCUAUCCAUGUUUGAUCAACUAUGAUUUUGUAGGGAAAUUUGAAACUUUGGAAGAAGAUGCCAAUUACUUUCUACAGAUGAUUGGUGCUCCAAAAGAGUUGAAAUUCCCAAAUUUUAAGGAUAGGCACUCUUCUGAUAAAAGAACCAAUGAUCAAGUGGUGAGACAGUAUUUAAAGGAUCUGAGCAGAACCGAGAGACAGUUAAUCUAUGACUUUUAUUACUUGGACUAUUUGAUGUUCAAUUAUACAACUCCAUUUUUGUAGUCUGCAUUCAUUUUCUAAAACCUGCAUUUACUUAAUAAUGCUGGCCUCAAAUCUGCUACUGUACUUUUCCUAUAAUUCUCUGUAGGAGGCAAAUUUAACUAAGUGCAGUUGUCUUGAUUUAAUGACGGGUUUUACCAAAUACCAUGACAGCAGUUGGCACAAAGUUAUAGGAAAAUCACCUAUCGGACACAUGUAAACAACUUGAGCUGCUUUUAAAUGUUUGGAAAGGAGCUGCUUUGGCAUUAUGGAUCAUAUUGUUGGAGCAAAACCUAGCCAGCUGCUACAUUAACUAAAACAGCCUUUUGUAAUCAUGGAAUAAGAGGUCUAAAGGAGCAUGAAUGUGUAUCUAUACUCUGCAAUUACCUGAAAUGCAUGAAUAUAUUUUGAGCAGUUUGUAGAAUACUCAUCAAAUCAUUGGAUAGUUUUGUUACACCCUGGAAGUCUUUCUAUCAACUAUAAUGAUAAAUCCAUUUUGAAAUGAUAUUUGGAUGUGGGCAUUUUCCAUUAAGUUGGAAGGCAUUAUGUGAUUUAGAAUAUGAGAAUGUAGCAGAAAAGCAAGAAGAGGCUAUGACUUUUUAUAUUUAACAUCCAAUAAAAAAUACACAGCAUGCUAAGAUCAAAGCAGCAAAAGCAACCUUUUUCUGUCAGAAGGCCUUAAAGGAAUUGAUUCUGUUUUCUUUUGAGCCCUCCUUGAAGAGACAAAAUGAACACAACCACCGAAGUUCUUCAUUUCUGAAGCAGGCAGUUGAGAGGUUUAAGCCUCCUAAAUGUGCUCCUAAUUCUGGUUUAAUUGGACAGAGGGGAAAUUGUUUCAGGAUGGGAUAAUCAUCAAAAACAAAAGUUGCCAUUCUGAAUAUAGACCUCUAACAAUAACAAAGUUUUAUAAGAAAGUUAUUUGAAUCAAAGCAUAAUAUGCAUAGCUUUAUAUGUGGGAUACACUCUAAGAAUAGCUUUUGUUUGCAGUCUAAUUAUUCAGCUUGGGAAUGACUUUUUAAAAACUAAUAUACCACUUCAAAGAUAGGUUAUGUUCUAGAGAAUAAACAUAACAAGAGCCCCUAGAAAUGUUUUUAAUAGGCUUAUGCAUAAGCAAAUUAAGGUAUUUUCUUUUUAAGUUUAAAUAUUCUAUACUAACAAAGUCAAGACUCAUUGCAUUCAAAUAUUAAAUCAGUCUUUGGAAAAUAAGACCAUGUGUCACCCCAUAAAAAGUUGUAAUGCAUUUUGGAAGUUUUUUCCAGGAGAGCCUAAACUGAAAGACACAUUUAGAUGGGAAAUUUGUUUUAAUUGCUCAACUAUUACCCUAGCUUAGUAAACCACAUGUCAGUCAAACCUGGUUUAAAUGCCUUUCUUUAACAUUUUCCUCUUCCUAAGUUAUCACAUUUUAUCUGUAAAUAUUAAGUAACAUUUCUCAAAGAAAAGUAGGUAUUAAUAUUUGCAUAUUAAUAAAGCAAGAUUUUUAUAGUCA